AUGAUGAAUACGAUAAAUCAAUCAUCUGCAUAUCUGCAUACAUUAAUAUAUGUUUCUUCUUACAUUAUUAGCAAAUCGAUUUAUAGACUGUAUAAAGAGAGUAUAAACCAAUUAUUACACUAGGAUAAUUUGGUGAAAGUAGUUCAAACUAAAAGAAAGGUCGAUACUAAAGAAAAAGAAUCAAGAUUCUUUUGUUAGGAUUUCCAACAUUCUUAUGCUUAAUUCACAGUUACACAACAAUGUAUCAAUAGUACAAGCUUGAUUUUAAAACUAUUAUGUAAUGGAAUAACAAUUCCAAAGUGUGUAUGGGAAUAGCAAUUUCAUUUUACAUGAGUUUUGUUUUAUAUGGUGGACCUAUUUACCAUGAAUUUUGGGUAUCUCUAUUUUGAUUCAAAUUAGAAUGGCAAUUUAAAAAAGAAAUUGGGCAAACUUUAAUUCAAUAAGUUUAGAUGGGACUACUUUUCUAAAAUAGUUGUGGUAAUAGAAACGAUAAAAUUUAGACUCCAUUAAUUGAAGAAUUAAUUUUUAGAGGAUUUACUAAUAAUUCUUUCAAUCCAGAGUACAAGAAUAAUCAUUUUUAUAUGAUAUAUUCAACUUUUCUUUAUUUACUAGGUAUAUUAAUAAUAUUAUUAAAGUUCGUUUAAUAUUAUUUGAGCCCAAAUAAUUGUCUGCAAAUAAAUGGAAUUAUGUCAAACAGAUUUUAAAGUCUUUAUCACUUGGAGUGUAUUUGUCUUACGUUCUAGUUUAAACCGAAACAUUGAUAGCAGUUGUUAUUAAUCACGGCUGCAUAAAUUUUAUGGGAUCACCUAACAUACAAGAUUUACUAAAAGGCAAUUAUUCUCGCGAGUUGAGAUUCAGUAAUAUUUUAGUUGUUAUUGUAGAAAUAAUGAGGUUUUAUUUCUUAGGAUUUUUGGCUUUUCUCAUUUUUUGUUUACUAGUAUUAUGA